AUGGACGACCCGACAGCCGGUCCCAACAGCGAGAUCAAGUCCAGGAGGACUCCCCACUCGUCGCGGCGGGCUUCGCAUCGACGAAAAUCCUCCUGCUCCUCUUCUUCGAAGUCCUCACGGCGCAGCAGCGACCACCAGAAGGCGGUGUCCUUAUCGGGGACGGUGUCCUACCUCGACGCCGCCACCCCGGCGACCGUGCAAGUGUCAGCCGCGCUGACUCCGCAGCCGGAGAAGGUCGCAAGCACGGAUACCGUGCCCCUGGCUGACGUCAAGGCACGGCGCGAGUCGACGUUCCAACGAUUCCGCGACAUGGGGCGCGUCGUGCGCACCUCCUUCACGUCUUCACUCCUCGACACGCCCGUGGUGUUCGGGUCGAGCAUCGUGCGCCGCCUUUCGACGCACAGCUCGAUGCACGAUCGAGUGAAGGCACUCAACGCGGCCUCCACUGCGAAAGCCGAGAUGAAAAAGGGCAAGGAACCGUUCCGCAAGAUGGUCUUCUCUCUGCUGUUGCGCGCCGCGAUCACCGUGUUCGCCCUCGGCUUCGUCAUCGCAGUCGUGCUCUCCCUGACGCCGCACCCGCGACAGCCCGACCUGUGCCGCAGUCACUCGUGCCUGGAGUACGCCGACAGGCUGCUGCAAUCAAUGAACGCCUCCGCCGACCCCUGCGACAGCAUGACGCGCUACGUGUGUUCGGGCUGGACGGCGCAGAACGCGCUCAGCGUACGCCUCAGCGUGCUCGACGCCGCGCUCUCCAGGCUGUCGCGGUUCGCGCGAUCCGCGAGCUCCACGUUGUCCCAUCCGCAGACGGCGGAGGAGAUCGGCGCCACUUUCUUCCGCAGCUGCGACGCCGUUAUCAGAGGCGAGAGGAACGAGUUGAUCAGCGUGAGGCGCGCCCUGGCCGAGGCCGGCGUGGCGUGGCCGGGCCACGCGAUUGGCGAACCCGACGCGCUGCGCACUUUGCUGUUCGCCGCCAUUCGCCUCGGCUGGACGCCCAUCUUGGACGUGGACAUUCUCCCAGACAGCAGCGGUGAGCCAUCUCAUAGGUGCCGUUCGUCCAAGCGACCGACAACCACCGUCGUGCUAACACCGUCUCGCGAGUUUGGAAUGUUGGCCCGGAAGCGCGCAUCGCAGCAGGCAAGGCCAUCUGCGCGCGCUCUGUACGUUCAACUCCUAAGCGACCACCUGGGAAGCGGCAGCGUAGACGCGUCAGCGAGAAGAGCGUUCGAAGUCGCCGAUCGCGUGGACUCCGAGUUCCUGGAUCCCCUGGCAAGCGUCUUGGGCGACAGUUCUCCAGCGCGCACAACCACGCUAGAGAACAGCACUGUCUUCAAGGGACGCCGGGCCAUGGCGACACGCUGGCGAGAUGCCCUGUCUGGCUACGGCGUCGCCUCCGGGCACGAUGUCCUACUGCGCAUUGAGAACGGCGACUUCGUGCGAACUUUCAUCGACAUCUGGGAGACAAAGGGCGAGACGGAGACGCACAUGUUCGUCUCCUGGUGCAUAGUGCAGGUGGCGGCGUUGUUCGCCAGCCAGCGUCUCAUCGCCAGCUUCUACGAAAGCGAGCAGCACUCGCGUGUGUUGCACAGUCUUUUCUGUCUGGCGCACACCUACCUCCUCAGCGGGUUCGAGCUGUUCACCGGAUACAUCACCCAGGUGUUCUACGCGAACGCCCGCGACGACGCGGACGCUCUGGUCAGGGCGGUGCGUGACGAGUACAGCAGGCUGCUGGCCCGCUGGCCCAACCAUGACAAGAACGUCACCGUUGUCGCCGACUGGAACUCGACGGCGGUCGCCUUCAAUGCCGUGGACCGAACGAUCCGUGAAUCUGGCGACGGUGUCGCCUGGCCCGAUGCUGGGUCCCACGAGCCGUUGGUGACGGGCGACUCGCUGGUCAAGGCGUGGCGCCUCGUCGCGGCCGCCGUCCGCGCCUCGUCCCGAUAUCCACGGAUGGUGGCCGUGGCGGAGUCGAUGCAGGCGCUCAGCUUCUACGCGAACGUCGGCAAGGAGUUCAUCCUCAUGCCGUACGUCUUCGCCUUCCCGCUGUACGACGAAGACGCGGCGAAGGUUCUGAAUUACGCCGGUCUAGGAAGCCAGGUCGCGCAGGCGCUGGGAGAGCUGUUCCUUGCGGCCUACCGAACCAGCUCGCCGCCUGCUCGGGAACCCGUGCUCGAGUACACGCAGUGCGUCCUUCCCGAUGCCAAAAACGCCCGUCAGGACGAAAGUCAGGUGAUGCAGGUGCUGUCGUUCAACGUGCUAUUCGACGCGUACAGGGCGAGUGCCCAGGCCGGAGACAAGCGGCUGCCGGGUCUCGAGGCGCUGACGCUACCCCAGCUGCUCUUCGUGGCCGCCUGCUACGCCGACUGUCCCGGAGGAGGCCUGCCUUCGCCGGCCUCCUUCAUAGCCGGGGUGCCGGAUCCGUGGCCCGGGGGCGAACCCCGCUGCGACGCCAUGUUGCGCCGGACGAGCCACUUCGCGCGCACUUUCGGCUGCGCCCCCGGCAAGCGCAUGAACACCGGCGCCUACGCGUGCAGCCUGUUCCCUUGACCACAUGCGGCGUCGAUCUGUUGCCAAGUGCUGCGUGAGUCCGAGGCGACGCGACG